AUGUUCAACCGCCUGGCCACUUGUCCCAUCAGGGCCAUCAACAACUAUUCUCCGUUUGCUAGGCUUUCAAAUACGCCGAGACCAGCUACUACAUGCUUCGUCAAAUCACUGUCCUCCACCGCGACGCAUCUUCAAAACAAGAAUGACAAUGCCAAAGACCUCAAUACCGCAGCAACCACCCAGGCUCCUCGUGGAGCUUCGGGGGGCCAAGAAGGUCAAUUUGCCCGCACAGAUGACAGCAUGCAGAUUGAAUACCCACCGGACAGCGAAAUGCCCGCACAGCCGAUUGUUCAGGGCCGUGGUGGAAUGCACUACAAGCGCACACUAGCAUCAUUCUCUCUUGAGAAGAAGGUCAGCUUGGUAACCGGCGGUGCGCGUGGAUUGGGACUUGUCAUGGGACAAGGCUUGAUAAAUUCUGGCUCGGAUUUGGCCAUUGUUGACUUGAACAAGGCAGAAGCAGAAGAGCAAACAGAGAAGUUGAUUGAGCAGUUCCGCAAAGAAAACCCUGGCAUUGAACAAAUGCCCAAUAUCACCGCACAUUACGCCGACGUCGCUGACCCCGACUCCGUGAGCGAAGCCCUGGCUGAAGUUUUAGCCAAACACCAACGGAUUGACAACCUCGUCACCUCUGCAGGCUUUACCGAGAAUUUCGAUGCCAUCAACUACCCUUUUGACCGCAUGAAGAAGCUCUGGGGCGUCAAUGUGGAUGGAACAUAUCUUUUUGCGAUCGGAGUCGCCAAGCAUUUGAUGGAGCGCAAGGCACCAGGCAGUAUCGUCAUGAUCGGCUCCAUGUCGGGUGCCAUUGUAAAUGUACCCCAGCCCCAGGCUCCUUACAAUGCUGCCAAAGCAGCUGUGCGCCAUUUGGCUGCUUCGUUAGCAGUUGAAUGGGCUGGUCAUGGUAUCCGGGUGAAUUGCAUUAGCCCUGGCUAUAUGCUAACUGCGCUUACUCGCAAGAUCCUCGACGAGAACCCGCAACUUCGCGACCAGUGGACUUCUCUCAUUCCCGUCGGGAAGAUGGGGGUGCCGGAAGACUUGAUGGGCGCUGUGACUUUCUUGCUUAGUGAUGCAUCGAAGUAUGUCACCGGCGCCGAGCUUCGUGUGGAUGGUGGAUACACAGUUACUUAA